AUGUGCAAAUUCUUUAAUCGCUAUGUUGCCUCUCCUGAAUAUCAGUCAUUGUCUCAGCAUGAACAGGUGGACGCUAUUCUCCUCUCUCAGUUGCUCGCGGAAAUGUUCCCCGAUAACGACUACGUUCUCGCAUCUGAAAGUGACAGCUCCUUCUCGACGUUCAUCGAUCUCCUCAAGAGCAGUGAUGUGGACAUCAGACUUCCUCCUUUGUGUAGAGCUUCGAGCAGGGCCUCUGCAGCGUCAGAGGCCAUCGCUAUUGACCUCUAUUCACGUUUCGGCAACAAUAAUUUUGUUUUACAUUCUCACUUGACUCCGUACGCCCAUGGCAUAUUCCCUCUCGCUAGUCGACUCUUCAACCAUUCCUGUGUACCAAAUGCUGUGGCGAGGUACAUAAUCACUCCAUCCGAAUCAGUUUGCAUGGAGAUCGUGACAUUACGACCAGUUGCUGCAGGUGAAGAGAUUACAAUCCCCUACUUGGACCCUGCCUUAUCCUUCCACACCCGUCAGCAGGCUCUGCGGAUGAAUUACGGCUUCACCUGUUCUUGUCCUCUAUGUUCGUUUACUCGACAUAUAAGCCCUACUCCUCCACCCUCGCGGGGAUCCGUACAGCUCGAAGCAUUGGAAACUAUGCUGCGUACCUGCGUUUUCGGUAUCCAGGAUAGAACAUCGGAUCUUCCGCACAAUGACUGCCAGUUCUCACACAUGCCUGCUGAGCUUUAUUCGCUACUGCAUGAGUCAUACUUGCCGGACAUCUCUGAGAUAUUUAGCCGCUCGUCGCACGAAGGACAAUACAAGGACGCACUGGAAGUAGGCCUGACAUUACUGGCGUUGUAUGUACUGUUGUAUCCGUGCAAUUAUCCACAGAUUGGUAUGCAUGCGCUAGAAAUGUCGAAGACAGCAUGGAAUGCCGCUGUUGCGAUGAAAUCUCCUACAGAAGACGAGGCGCGGCUGAUUAGUGAGAUGGAACAGGCUGCCCGAUCCUAUCUCCGCGCCGCAUCGCAAACUCUGAGUGUGCUUGGGUCUGAAGGAGACGCGGGCGGUCCUCUGGAGGAAAUUCGCAUUCUGAGUGGAUUGUUGAACGGUGAUAGUGCUUGA